AUGGCUGAGGCUUGUCAAAUAGUUCGAAAACAAGAUUUACCACCUCCUGGAGGAUACAGACCUAUUCCAUUUAAAAGGAUUCCCGCCAAAUCAUAUUUUAGUGGUUUAACAUGGAUAGCUGGUUACAUUGGUAUGACCACUGUGUCUGCUUAUCUUUAUUAUUUAAAUUGCAAACAGGUUAAAAAAGCUAAAAUCGAAAUGAGAUCUGCAAAGAUGGCAAUAUACCCAAUGUUGCUAGCGGAAAGGGACCGCGAGUACAUGAAGCAAUUGCGUAGAAACCGUGAUGCUGAAGCAGAGCUUAUGCGUAAUGUCCCUGGAUGGGAGGUUGGAACUUACUAUGGUGAGCGCGUGUAUAAGUUAGUGCCACCAGAUGCACUAGUUGAGCCAAUAUUCCAUGAAUUCUAUGCUCACUCUGACCCAUCUGCCUGGGUUGACAGAACUGAAUUAAAGCUGCGGUCUUAA